AUGCUUCUCUACGACUCCCUCGGCAUAAACACCUGCGCCGUGCGCCUCUUCAUUUUGGAACGCGGCCAUGUGUCACUUGACGUCAAGAAUAUCGAUAUCAUGACCAUGGAGAAUCGCAAGCCCGCUUAUAUAAAAAACGUCCACUCUCGUGGCACGGUACCCGCACUACGCAUCUCGGAUGACUUUGUUCUUACCGAAAUAACGGCAAUUGCUGAGUACCUCGACGAGACUGCCAACGGCGGCGAGUCACUAUUUGGAACGACCGCUCUUGAACGAGCUGAAACACGCAUGUGGCUGAGGCGCGCCGACUUGGAGAUUUGCGAGCCUGUCACCAGCUAUUACCGGAACGACCCUGACACCAUCGACUUUUACCGUGGAAACCGGAUCCCCUGCCCUGAAGCGAGACUAUGGCAAAAGGUCAACAUCUGCCAAGCGCUGAAUCGAUUGGAUGAUGAGCUGGAGGAUAAGAAGUGGCUCUGCGGCGAUCGCUUUUCUGCAGCAGACAUCCACUUUUACGGACUUAUGAAGCCCAUACCACAAGCCCCCAUCAUCUGUGGAUUCUUGGUCAUCAGCCCGUACCCACAAACUCGCAGUCCCUCGAGGGGGUUUAAGAUCGCAGUGAAGAAGACUAGAGGACGCGAACGCAGCACAUUCUCAUCACAUGACACAUUAACGACCAAUAACUCUCAUCGAAGCCAGGGCAAGGGAUGCACUGCCUGCUUCAGCCGAGUGGGCAAUGAGAAAUGA